AAAGGAGUUAAAGACUGAGGCAGCUGCCAAUGUGCCGUUUUGAGGGCUUUCGUACUGAAAAUAUAAAAAUAGGGUUUAUAGGGUGGAGGACCCGGAGCGCAAGAAGCAAUGGCAAAGUUGGCGAGGGCGGUCAUGGCCGCUGCUUCCAGAGCUGCUUCCUCCCUUAACAUCAACAACCAUUAUCUCCUUCAGCUCCUCCAAUCCGAGAUUGAAUAUGAGCUUUCCAAACAUCCAUCUCAGGCCCCAGGUGGUUUAUUUGGGGAUUUUGUGGUGGAAUGGGAUGACCCCAAAUCAGAGGAUCUGUUGUUGAGGAGGAGGAAUGGCUCAGAAGAGGAUGUUGCAGUUUCUUCUUUGUUGGGUCCUGAAGGUUGUCGUGGUGAUGGGACAUUGUUGGACAUGAAGGCUUCGAUGAAAGUAUGCAUAGCAAAGCCCAGCUUGAGUAGUGUUUUGCAGUUUGAUUGCAGUAUUUAUGGAGAAGGUGAUGAUAGCUCCGACUUCUCCAUAAACAACGUGCAUUACCUUCCUUCUGUCACACAUAUGAGAGCAGAAGAUUACAAAGGUCCCUCUUUCAGCACCUUGGACCCCCAGCUACAGGAAGCAUUCAAAGAAUACUUGACAGCUAGAGGGAUUGAUGUGGAGUUUACAAAUUUCCUUUUACUGCAGUUGCGUAACAAGGAGCAAAGUCAGUAUGUGAAUUGGCUGCAAAGAAUCGAAUCCAUUCUUAAGAAUAAUACAGAAAGUUAGAAAACAAUCCCAUAGAGGGUCCGACUUUUUUCCUUGGCUGAGACUACUCCUUUGGGAUGGUUGUUAUAGUUCAGUGCUCUUUUUGCAAUUGGAUGACAUUUCAAAUGCAGUUGGGCAAGUGAGGAAGAUUACUGCAGUUUUCUCAAAUCUUUUAUUUCUUCAUCAGAAUGCUCAAAAGUAGGAAAUAUAGGUUUUCUUUUCUUCACCAACUGGAUUAAUCUUUUGGAAUAAAAAUACGGAAACAAGCUUGAAUGGUGGCAACCGUUGUGCUUCUUUAUCAUUGAUACCAACAAGCUGGAAGUUAAUGAAAUGAUUUAAGUUUCCAUUGGUUAA